UCACAUUUUCGAUCACAGCACUCUCCUCAGUCCACAUGGCGGCAUCUUCGUAAACCAGCAAGAUUGUUCUCGUCAUUCAGAUUCGCAUGUGACAGCACCCAUCUUUGUUUUCCUGAACAACGAUCUUCAUUGGACGAUGCUGACGGAGUGGCAGAUGCUUCUGUUGGCAUGUGCCAUCAUUUUGUUGUCAUGGCUGAAAUCACAGCAGCUUACACGGAAACCUAACCUACCACCUGGUACCCGGCUUCCGUCCAUGCCACCAUUGUCUUCAUUUAUUGGCCAUCUGGAGCUUCUUGAUCCGGUUUUGUACAAGAAAGCCGUGAAGAUGGCAAAGGAGUAUGGUCCUGUCUUCAGGCUUCAACUGUUCUCGCGCGAGGUGGUGAUUGUCAAUGACUUUGAUUCUCUGAAAGCCUUUGGGGCUGCAAAGGAGCUACUUUACCGUCCACCCGAGAUGAACAGAGGCCGAGAAUGCUACAACGGUAUACUGACUCUGAACGGUGAUAUGUGGACAGCAAACAGGCGCCUAUGCUUGACAGUAUUAAGAGAUCUUGGAUUUGCAAACGACAAGAUGGAGCAGAAUAUAAUGAAGGAGCUCCAAAUUCUAAAGGAAAAGAUUGAGAACAGAAAGGGUGAACCAGUGCCAGUUUCUCCGUACAUUACUGAAUGUCUCACUUGCAACAUCGCAAGCUUCUUCUAUGGCAGCUCUAUUCCAAAGAACUCGGCCAUACGCUCUGACUUCAACGGCGUACUGAGGAAAUUCCUCGAGGUCUUUGGAGUUCUCGACAUCCUGGACUUUGUGCCGCGACUCUUGCAACAAGCACUUGGAUAUUUUUCGUUCACUAGUAUCUACAAAGGACAAGUACUUAUGAAGGAGUUGGACGAGUUUAUUAUAAAAGAAAUUAUAGAGAAAUCCCACGAGGACCCAGAUGAUUUGGGAGAGAACUUCCUGCGACUUUUCAGAGAGAAAAUUCGAGCGUCGUACCACAGUUUGGAUCCAGUGCUGGAGUACACAUCUCUGGUGGGCAACGUGAAGUCCUUGAUUGGAGCAGGAGUGGUGACGGCAAGCUCUUCGCUGCCUGUUCCACCUAGCGAAUUUCGCAGCCCAUGCAGAUACUCUACAGGAUCGGGUGCAGCGAGAGAUAGACGAUGUAAUUGGUCCUGAUAGGGAGCCGACGUGGAGUGACCGAAUGCGCAUGCCCUUCACACUCGCCUGCAUCUAUGAGGCUGAGCGCUGCGGUGAAUCUGUGCCUCUCGGCUUACCUAGAGUGUGCAACGAAGACACAGUGGUAGACAAAUACUUCAUACCGAAGGGAACACUAGUUCUCAUGAACUUGUGGGGCAUAAACAACGAUCCGCGCUAUUGGAAAGACCCACAACGCUUCAAUCCGUUGCGAUACCUGAGUGCAGAUGGGUCCUUCUCGCAUCAAACAACAAAGCGUCAU